GCCAAAAGUAUCAGAUAAUUUCAGACUACUGAGAAAGAGGUUCAUCGAGUUUCUGAGGCGCCGAAAGAAGUGUAACUACACGCCCAAAUUUGCGGUCUGUUGUACACAAGUAAAUAGGCAGAUUGGGCUGGUUUGUGCGCCAUGCAUGUUAUGAGGCGCGCCAAAUUCGACGUAAGGUUGUGGCUCAAAAUAUUGAGCUAAAUCUUCGUCUUUUUUGUUGUAAAGUGAAGGUCGUCAGGCAAUGCACCAUGGACGCGAUUGACAGUAAAGAUGUACUGAUCAGGGACGCAGUGGAGAAAUCGGCUGCGCAGGUCCUUCAAGAUGACAUUGUGGCCUACCUGAAGCCGAUGUUCCCGUACCUGCUAGAGACCAUGAUCAAAGAGAUUGUCGUAAGGCAGAGCCGACUCCUAGCCGAUCCCCUGGACCAGAACCGACUGACGAACAGCUGCAUCGACGAGUUGCUCAACUCUGCCAUUUUUACGAGCAACGCCGACACAAGAGCAGGAGACUCUGAGAGUUACAUCGACCUUACAAAUGAUUUUCUUGGAUCCAAGAAAACUACCAGGACUGAAGGAUUCACUGAUUUCAGUACGACGCCUGAUUUGUUUGAGGCCAAUCCCACCAAAGACAACGUUGAUGUCAAUCGCAACGCUCAAGAUAAGCCAUCGUCAGACUUGAAUCGGAAUAACAGUGGCCAAGUGGCCAGUGAUGGUGUAACAGGUUCCGAUUUGAAACCUGAAGCAACUGACAUGCUUGUCACCAACCCAUGGAUAUCCAAUCUGAGGACAACGGACAGUGGUAUCGGGACCCCAGACUCGUCAGUUGUCGCAUCUCAGAAGCCCUCUGUUAAAAUUUCAGACGUCACUGUGGAGGCCACAGGAGCCCCAGUGUCUUGGGAAGCAGCUCACAAGCAGAGGUCUUCCCCAAAGCUUGAUGCAUCUGCCACGUCAUCUGCAGUCCAGCAUCAGGCCUGGGCGAGCCCCAGUAAUGGAACAGGGACAACACAUCACCGUAGGAUGGCCUCCCAGGCUCCGUCUACUAUGUCCAGAUGUCCGUGCAGCGACUGUCAGGCAUACCCUUCGCCCAACUGUCUGCAAGAGUCCAAUCUCAGAAAUGACCAACCCCAUAGGACCUUGCCGUCUCAUCAAGGACUGGGAUCUCCUCUAGCGACAACCCAGGCUUUUGAACAGACUGAAUCCCCAAGUAACAGCGGCCAACCCGUCUCAGCCUCGGGAACUCAGAGCCCAGGCGCCAGGCAUAGCACCUCACCGGGUUCAAGAACAGAAGAAAUUAGUUCGUCUGUCAAUGAAUUCAAAGCAACCGACUCUGGUGCCCAGAAAGCUAAGGAGAAGCAACAGGACUCAGUAAAUUCGACUACAGAGACUCCUGUGCAAGAUGUUAAGAAAGACACCAGUGCACAACCACCCAAAAAGUCAAGUGAGAUGUUAGAACUGUUUUAUCAGUCCCUCAAGACGAAGGCCUCCAGCAAAUCUUCCACUCCUACGAAGCUUGGAGCAACCACGGCCAGUUUCUCUGGAUGGCGAUCUACAUCAAGUCUCACAUCACAAGCUGCUGCUAAGGCCAAGACAAAAACUGACUACGAAAGAGGUAGUACAUCCUCUUCCAGGCCUGUUGAUUCUCAGACGAGGUCUGGCGCAACUCCACAACCCUCCACCUCUGCAACUGGUGCCCAGAGCUCUUUCCAGCAUGCCUAUGCCAUCCUGAAAUCCAACCAAACGUACACCCAGAGAUUGUACAAGAAACCAACAUCUGGGAUACCACCAGCGACAUCUUCUACAUCUACCAAGCCUGCCGCUACGUCUGUCGGGCCCACACAGCCAGCCAGGCCAACUAGUUCGCUUGUGAGUCGGCCCGGUCAGCCUGCAUUGCCAACACCGAGAACCAAACACCAGUCCCCCUCGUUACCAUCCAAACCCAUAUUCCAGACUCAUGCUCCUGCCAAGCAGGCUACACUUUCCACUGCCCAGACACAGGCAGGAACAUCUCAUCAGAGACCCUCAGGACAGACUUUUCGUCUGUCUGUGGCUUCCUCCGGUGCCUCAAAUUCCUUGCCCGUGGAGAAACCAAAAACAAAGACUGCUUCAACCCUGGCGGAUCCAUCAAGUGUCCCCAAGCAUCAACCAACAGCCCCUGUGUCAAAAUCAUUGGCACAGGAAGCGGCAAACGUAGCCACGAUCUCAUCAGUGUCAACUGUUAGACCUUCACACCCGCCCCAGGUGCAGCGCACUAGUCAGGCUUCAACAAAUCAACAAGCCUCCGUAAGAAAUGCUGCAGAAACCACUGUGCCAAAACCUUCACCACAACUCAGCAAUCGGGCUGCACCAGGACACAUCCCCCCACCCUUCGUGGCGAAAGCACAAGGAAACUUCCCCUCACCCUUCGUGCCGAAAGCACAGGAACACAUGCCCUCACCCUUCAUGCCGAAACCACAGCCGCAAAUGGUGACACAAACAGUGACCAACCCCUUGCCAGUUGUUACUAACCAACCGUUCCAAAACCUAUUUGCACCACGUGAUCCCCCCCAGCCCUACAUGCCAGACCCACCGGCACUACCGGUCCUUAACCCAUUUGCACCACGUGAUACCCCCCAGCCCUACGUGCCAAACCCACCGGCACUACCGGUGAUACAACCAGUUGCAAACCCCCUUCCUCCAGUAACAAUUCAACCACCUCAAAUUGGAGUCCCAAGCCCAUUCGCACCAGGACGUGUCCUGCCGCCCUACGUGCCAAACCCACAGGCAGAACCAGUGAUACAACCAUUUGCCAACCCCCUGCUUCCGGUAACUGUUCAUCAACCUCAAUUUCAGCCACUCAACCUGGCUGCACAGGCAGGCAUUCCCCCACCCCAAGUGCCAAUUCCAGAGCCACCACCAGUGAUACAACCAGUGGCGCCACCAGCCCCCUUUUAUCAGCCACCACAAGACGUCCCUGCCCAGGCGAACCAACCUGGAAGUGGAAAGAGUGUAGAAGAGAUGAAAGCAGAAGUGUUGGUGUUGUUCCCAGAGGCCGACCCAGCCUUUGUCGUGACCCGACUAGAAGAAAUGAAGGAUUACCCUGCACCCAUCAAUCUGGUCUGCAAUCAUCUCUUAGAGAACCCCACCUACCCACGAGCCAAGAAGCAGGAAGCGCCCGCCAAGCCAACCAAGACCAAAGCAGAGGGGGAGAAAGUUGACUAUAUAAAAGACUACUACAAGAUCCAAGCACCCAGAUACGAUACCCAGUGUGUCGUGCUGCAAUUGCAGAACGACUUUCGAAUGCUGUCCUUGGACACCAUCAAGGCAGUCUGGACGCUGCACGGCUACCACUACGCUCCAACCAGAGUGUGUCUUGAAGAAAUCCUCCGCUCCAACGCAGCCAUCCAGAAAAUCUUACCCAGGGUCAAGUACGCACAGCACCACGAGCGAAAAGUCCGGGUUCAAAUCACCAUCAAAAACUCUGAAGGAAAGGAGGCCAAAUCAAAUGUCGUGAUUCACCUGCUGAAAGGGCUUAGGCAUCUGUUCUACCAGGGCCAACUUAAACCCUCGCCGGAACUGCAGCGACAAAUGGACUUCUACCAGCAAUACGUUAAGAAUAGUGCUCUGGAAAAGGAUUUGUUGCUAGCUUUGAGCAUGAAUGAAAACGAAUACGAAGCUGAGGGUCAGCUGAUCGAGUGCGGUUGCUGCUACGCCGAGGUCACCUUUGAGAAGAUGAUCCAAUGUCUUGACGGUCACCUCUUCUGUGAGUCGUGCCUUCAGAUGUACGCCAAGCAGGCUGUCUAUGGACAGGGGAAGGCACAUCUGAUGUGUAUGACCGAUGGCUGUGAUAGCUCCUAUCCUAGAGAUCAAUUAGAGAAGGUCCUGACCUCCACCGACAUUGCCAAAUAUGAUGAGCGUGUCCAGGAGGAGUCUAUCCAGUUAGCCAGCAUGGACGGCUUAGUACGCUGCCCUUACUGUGACUUUGCUGCUGUCUUAGACCCGGGAGAUAAGGUCUUCUCUUGCCAGAACGCUGAAUGCUUGAAGGAAACUUGUCGUCACUGUGGAGAAGACUGGAAGGAACACUUUGGCAAACGAUGCGAGGAAGUUGAGAAGAAAACCGAGACCAACAUGAGAUUAUCUUAUGAGGAGAGGAUGUCCCAGCUUCAGAUUCGAACCUGUCACCGAUGCAAGACUGGGAUUAUGAAGGACCAAGGCUGCAAUAAGAUGACGUGUCGGUGUGGCGCCAAGAUGUGCUACAUUUGUCGCAAGCCCAACAUUGAUUACAACCACUUCUGUAGCCACGCUCGCAAUCCAGGCCAGGGAUGUACCCAGUGCACUCAAUGUUCCCUGUGGACUGACCCUGCGGAGGAUGAUGCUCGUGCAGUCAAAGAGUUGGAGAAGGAAUUACAGACAGAGCGGGAGAAGCUAGCUAGAGCCAAAGAUUCCCGGGAUCGUUUGGGUGCACCGGAGCUCGCCCCCGACGCCAAGAAACAGCGUGUUUUCUGAUGUCGAGCUGCGACUGACUCAGCAAACCUUUGCCGAUCUUACCAGUGGGAGGAAAGUGAAGCACUGUUAACUUCUCAGGCCCACAAAUUCCAACAAGAAACUUUUUAAGAUCGCGAUGGAAAAGCAUUGUUUGUUUUAAGGAAGAUAUUCUAUGCAAAAAUCAUUCAAUGAACAAUUCUCCAAAGAAAAUGCUGCAAGUUGCCUUAAUCUUUGGUUACAUUAAGAAAUUUACUUUAAAUGAGACGUUAACAUUUCUUAACUGGCUCUUUGGUAAACAAUGGUUCAAGGCUUUCAACUCAUGACUUACGUGUGGUGACUUGUGUCCCAUUCAGAUCAAUUCAUAUUUAGUUUUAUUUCACUAACAGAUACGCUUACCAAGUUGUGCGAAAAGAGACUUUAAAUUUCUUUUCUGACAGCACUUUUGCAAACAAAUUUUCAAAGCUUUCAACUCUUGACGUUAUGUUGUGACCGGUGUUCAAUUCAGAUCAAUUCAUGUUUUGAUGUUGCUUCGUGUUUCGCAUAAUUUGUAUUCCUCAACCAUCAGAGUCUAAGGAGGACGCAGAACAUGCAAAUACUGGUUCCUGCAUGAUCAGGUAUCAACUACACGUAAGUGUAGAACAAGAUAAGGCAAGGUUACUAAAGCUGGUCCCCGAGCGCACAAACUUCAACUCGUUUGCAAAAGGUUUACUAAAUAUUGUAAAAUUUAUCCAAAAGUUCAUAGGAUAAGCUGUAGUGAUAACACGACUGAAAAUUGAAAUCCGCUAUCAUCGUUCGCAUGGAGACUUGACUUAUUGCCUACACAUGCAUCAUGAAUGAACAUGAAACAAGCGGCGCCAGACUAAUGCACAUGUGGUGUAGGAUGCUACAUCACAUAUAUCCUUGAUGUACCGGUUUUGGAGGGUGCAAAGAUUUAUUUCAAGCAAGAGAAAAACACCGACAUAGCCUUUGGUUUCCAUUUGGGGGGGGGGGGCUGGCAACGGAACACACA